AUGUUUUUUGUAGCAUCCAAAUUGGACCUCCGGCGAUAUGUUGAGGGUGUGGAACCGGAGGACCUGGAGUGUGAACUUCGCAGGUACAGCACCGAGGGCAUCCACGUCCGCUGGCCUGUCCAGGGAGCGCUGGGGUACAACCGCUGGUUCAGCUGCACCCUCAAACACAGCAAGGGCGUCUUCACGGUCACCGGCUUCCUACGACACCCGUCUGACCAGGGUCCCCCGGGACAGCAGGACUACCGCAGCUGGCCGGCUAUUUCUGACCGAGAGCUUCUUCCAACCACAGUUGCCAUGGUGAUCAAAACCCAGACUCCAGUAGUGAACGCCCGCCUGAGGUCGGAGCAAAAGCUCCACUGCCAGUUUGCCGUUGAUCACCGCGGGCCGAACGUGACGCUGGAGUGGCACCGGCAGCACCGCGGAGAGAGGUCCAGGCUCUUCAGCCACGUCAGCCGCUCAGGGCAGACCCACGGCUCCGGUGUGGCGCUGAAAGGCCUGGCGGGAGGAGACGCCUCGUACACGCUGCCUUUCACCAAGAUGAUCAGCGAAGGAACCUACAUUUGCUCCGUGUCUGUCGUUCCACUGUUUGCCAGUCUGGACGUCAAUCUGCACAUUGAAGAGCCGCCCCGUGUUUCUCUCAACGUGGGUCCCACUCUGGUGAUGGAGGAGGGGAAGGAGCAGAAGAUCAUGUGUGAGGCAGAGAGCUACUAUCCUCUGGAUGUGGACAUUACGUGGUAUGAGCAGGACCCGCGAGCGUCGCGUCAGCGGGUCGGUGCGCCGCUUCCCGUGAUGCUGGAGAAUAUCCUGAUGUCCAGCCACAAACACAACACGGACAGCACCUUCUCCGUGGCGGCUUUCUUUUACCUGCAGGCGUCUCUGAAGUCUUCGGGGAGGCAGUUUACGUGCAGCGUCACCCAUCAGUCCUUGAGAGUGCCCAUCAGGCAGAGCUUCAUCCUGGAGGUUGAAGAGCCAUCCAGUUGGAUGUUGAACCUCGCUCUUGUCUUCUUGGUGUUCAUACUGUUGGCCGUUCUGGCUGUGAUGCUGCCUCGCCUGAACUCAGCAAGAAGACAGAAGAAAUUCUACUGA